UUACUGCUCAGCUGUGAAUUGGCUAACCUUUCGAAAUCAAGGUUUGCGAGAUUGGUUUGGAGAAUGGGGAAAUGUAUCAGUUAUCAAAUAAAAAUUAGCGCGAUCACACGUGCUAGAGAUAUUGAUAUUUUAGCGCUGCUAGAUACGUUAUCAGUGAAUUAAAAUUACAGUAUUCGGUUGUGUAUAUACAAUGUCGUCGGUAAUGGACGAUAUUUACGAACUAUUAGAUAGUUAUAACGGACGCGACAAGGUUGUCCGUCUCGCAUGCUAUGCUUGUAAAUUGUAUGGUUGCAUACAAGGAGAAAAGUCAUGGCAGGUUGCUGGCUCUCGACUUUCCAAUGCAAGGAUGAUGCUCCGACUGUUUGAUGAUAUUCCUAUGAUCAGACACACAUAUAAUUAUGGCUUAGGAAAACAUGAAUCUUCAAAAAUCGCAGCACUCCUUGGGGUCCUUGCAAAUAUGGUUGACCAGGCUUUUUUGCCGGUGGAAAAAGCAUGCUGGCUUCACGAUGUUGGCGUUAUUAAAUUGUCAACAGUUACAGCAGACAGACUUGAAAUAUUGAGCACAGCAUUGUGGGCAGGAAGCUUAUAUAUAUCUCUAAUACAAACAUUCCGGUCUAUGCGGCAUGUCUGGUGGAGCAGGGAUUGUCUCAGUGCUGAGGACGCUUGCGAAGCGAGGAGGAAUCUUGACGCCAGACUGAUUAUCCAAGCGAUAACUGCCGGAAAACUGUGUUUGGACAUCACACAUGCGGUCAGCUGUCUCCCUUCCGGGUGUCUGUGGGGGGAAAAGAUCGGAGGAACCAAAGUAUCAGCCAUUGCUACGUUUUCUUCGGUGAUCGGCAUAGGUUUAUAUUUUGCUAGGAAACGACUUCUCAAGUAAUCUUUCAGAUGAUUAUAUAUGAUAAGUUGUAAUGUAUAAUUAAAAUAUUAAUGUAAGCUAGUAAUAAUAUUAAAUAUCACUUGCGCGAACAGUAACUAUGUCUUUUUAUAUCAUCCGAGAUUCAACGCUGGAAAAGUAACAGCCAAUUUCAGCUGUUUCAUUUUAAAAUAUUAUUUGAUAAAAAAAAAAACAUUUUUAUAUUUAGGUUAACUCGUAUUAUGUUGACUUUUAACUAACAAAAUGAAAAAGGUGCGGUACUUAUAUACGCGCGUGAGCAGUUCCAUUUCUCCGGCGUAAUUUAAAAUAGUUAGGUACUUAUUAAUAGUAAAAUACUUAUUUCUUCUCUUUUCACCACUAUUAUAACACUAAAAGAUUUAAAAAUUCACAAUUUAAAUUUGUAAUAGAAUAAACAUUGUAAAAUAAGAUAAGGUGUGAAGUUGUCUAUUUCGAGCGACUUGACAUUUAAUUGGCAGCUUAGCGAGCAACUUCACCAUGAAGUUAUCAGGUCAUCAUGUGCGCGCAUCAUAAAAAUUCACUCUCUUAAUUUUUUCAUAAGGGCCAAAAGAAGUGUAACUACGAAAAUAUUUCCCAGGUUGGUUAGGUUAGUAACACAACUGAGCUUGCCAUUUAUUUUGUACAGACACUUCCUAUUUUAAUUUGCUUUCUAAUUAUACAAUAAUAAUUAAGGCGCAUAUUCAUUGGUCGAUAAGUCGGUAGUUAGCCCGAUUGCAGGGAGUACCCGCAUGCAAGCUAACAACCAAUGAAAUCCACUGGUCGAUAACUCGGUCGAUUAAACGUGUGCGGGUGAUAUCCGCAUUCAUAUAUUGAUAUUUAUAUAUGCGUUAUAGAAAUCACCCGCACCCCGUAUGCGGGCUCUGACGACCAGUGAAAACGAUAAACUCUUUGCGGGCCCUAUGGCAUGCGUUACAGAAAUCUCCCGCACCCCGAAUGCGGGCCUUAUCGACCAAUGAAAAUGCGCCCUUAGGUAUCUAUUGUACUUGUGACAUUGAUCAUUUUUAAACCGAAGUAUAUUUUAAUCAUGGAAUAAGAACUUUAUCUCCCGUACUGUUAAGAUUUUUUUGAAUGAAGUAUUUUUAUACGGGUAAUUGAUUAUUGGAACUCAGUACACAUUACCAUGAUGGUGGAUCUAAGUUUACAUAAGGGCCUUAAAGGUAUUUAUGGAUUGAUAUAAGUUUCUCAGAAACGAUGGUAUUUGUCAAUAAAGUUAUUUAAUAACUAUAUAAAUACAUAUGUUGUAUAUUUCGGGCAAUUAUUAUUCCAAUAAAAUUAUUUUACGAGAAUUAGUUUUCGAUGUUAUAUUUAUUUCAAAAUAAAAUUAUCCUAAUUUAAUAUUACAACUGAUUUAUUGUAUUAAAUUUUCCUAAUAUUUAAACUGGUAUAAAGUACAUUAGAAGUACAUAACACAAAACCCGGUGUUAUUCAUUCUUCUAUAUUAGAAAUAGCUAAACUGUUUUAUAGCAAUUUGGGCAAUAUUUAUACAUAUCUUCAAUUUAUAUUUUGAUAUUGAAGUAAUCAUAAUGUAUGAAACAUUUACGUUUGAAUAAUAAAAUAUUUACUGUUGCGAUCUGCAACCGUUCACACUUAACGAAAGUUCAGUUGCUUUGCUAUUUAAAAAAACAUACUUUAUUGGGUACAAGGUCAUCCAAUAAAGUUAUUUUACCAUUAACAAAAUUUCUUGAAGUAUAAAUAUGUUAAAUAAAAUCAAUGACCAUCGCUUUUUGUGUGAUUUAAUAAGUAAAAUGUGCGCCAAAAACCUAAUAUUAUAUAGGUAACCAUAGCAACGCAUCGACGAAUGUUAUAGUUUUUUUUUAUGCGGGCAGAAAAUAAUUUAUUAUUUAAAUAAAAGACUGUGGUUGUGAUGCCUUUUUCCUCUGUUUAAAAUUAAUAUUUUUUACAGUUUGUAAUGGACCAUACUUAUACUGCUUUGUUCGAUUACUAAAACACUAUUUUAAAAUG